AUGUCGACCAUGACCGCCCUCGACCGUGAGCGCCGCAUCACGGAGCUUGCUCAAGAAUGGGGCCUCGUCCUCCCGCUGACUCUGACCCCGCUCUCGCGGCAGCCCCUGGCGUCCUCCUUUCGCGGCCCGGCCGAUGACGCCACCGCCGAGGAGCUCAUGCAACAGCGUGCCGCCGACCUCGCCCUGUUCCGUCCCAAGAGCGGCCUCCGGCAGGCCUUUUCUUCCUCCAAGAGCAUCAAGAAGGGAAAGAACUGGGACCCUCGCGAGGUGCUCGACGUCCUGAGCGGCUGGAUCGCCAACGCCGGAUCCCCUGGCGUCGCCGAGGCCCUCAUAGACAUGCUCGUCGCCGCCGGCGUCGACCUCGCCGGGAACCCGAAGCGAAAGAGCAGCAUGCUCGGAAGGCGACGGAGCGUCGAGGGCUUGGACGAUAGGACCAGGCUCCUGAAGCUCGCCGUCGAUGGAAACCAGCGUGACAUGGUGCAGGUUUUGCUGUCUCACGCAGAUUCCGCUUCCAUCAACGCCUGCCUGCCCGCUGCCAUUCGUCAAGCCAACACGCCCCUCGUCGACCUGCUUCUCAGGCAUGGGGCCAGCGUGGCGCAGACGCCGGGCGGACAGGAUGCCUUUCGACGCGCUUGUGCUAUCCUCGAACACUCCCGUAUGGUGGCCCUCAUCCUACGCUCCGAAGGGCAUCCGCCGCCGUCGCUGGCGUCCCUCUCCAUGUGCGACGCCACGAGGGCCGGCUGCCUCGAGACGGUGAUGCAUCUCAGUCGCUCCUCGGCCGAUGGAAACCACAACAAUGCCGAAGCGCUCAAGUCUGCCGUCACCUUGGGAAGGAGAGACAUGGCCCUGGCCAUCGUCAUGGGGCAUCAACCACCGCAACGCCCUGGUCUCGAUGAGGCCUUUCAGAUUCUCUACGACCAUUCCUCCCUCAGCCAGACCUUGAAGGUAGAGAUGGCCGAGGUUCUAUUGUGCGCCGGCGCCGGCGGCGUCGUUCUUGCCCGAACCCUUGAGCGCUCGUGCGAGUCCCAGUUUCUGGAAAUGGCAAACCUGCUCGCCACGUAUGGCGCCUCCGUCGAGUACAACGAUGCGACGACGCUGAAGACGGCCAUUGCCCGUGGCGAGCUGGGCCUUGUCCGCUCCUUGCUCACCGACGGCACUCGCCUCAAUCCUGCUCUGGCUUCGAGCUGUGUGCCGCUGAUCCCGAAGCAGGCCCCCUUUGACGAACGCUUCGCCGUCCUCCAACUGCUGCUUCGAAAAGGCGCCAACGGCCUCGCUCUCGACGACAUGCUCAUCGACACCGCCGAGGCCGCCGACAUGAACUCGAUGCAACUGUUGCUCUUCCCCCACGUCCCGACCCCGGAUGCCCCUGCCGACAUGCCACCCCAUCCCUCGCAGAUGCACGAAGUUGCUUCCGUGGAUCACAACGCCGGAGAGGCCCUCCGAACGGCCGUCCUGCGGGCGGACACUCACAUGACGCAAAUGAUUCUUGCCAGAAAACCGUCACCGGAAACGAUAUCCCUCGUGUUUCCUUUUACGAAGAAACUCCCCGCCGACGCUCGCUAUCAAAUCGUCCACCUGUUUCUCCAGAGUUCCCUAUCCGGGCCAUGUCUCCACGCGGCGCUGCAAGAUGUCAUCGGCGAGGACGCCUUGCAAAGAGACAACUCGCUCAUCAAGCUUCUUCUCGAGUACGAUGCGGAUGUUAACUUCGACCACGGCUCAGCGAUGGCAGCCCUCGUCAGGCAGAGCGACACGGAGCUUCUCGCCCUCUUGCUUCAAAAAGCGUCACCGCAGACAGCCGCCGCUCGUUUGCAGGACGUGAUGCUAGUCGAGGACCACCAAGUCCGUUUUGACAUGACAACCAUGCUCCUCGGCGCCGGCGCAGCCAUUGGUGUGACGGAGGUUGCUGCCGCCUUGCUUGAAGCCCUGGCAGAGGAGCCAGUCGAUAAAGCUCUCCUGAGUUUGCUGCUGCAGCAGGGAGGUGUCGACAUUAACCUUUUCGAAGCCGCCAUUGUCAAGCAAGCUGUCAUGAACCCAGACCCCGAGAUUAUCGCCUUGAUCUUUGGACACGGAACGCCAUCUCCUGCCUCCAUCUCCUCUGCCUUGAACGAGUUCGUACCGCUUCCAUCUACGGAAGCCAAGGCGCGGAAGCUCAAAACGAUCAUGGAAAAGACGGAACGCGCAGAAGACCUCAGCUGGGUCCUAGUGCACGAGGUUCAUUCCCUGUCCAAGACGAAGGAUGAGCCAGUCUCGUUAUCAACCCUCGACCUGCUCCUCGCCUCUGGGGCGGAUCCGAAUGCAUUCAAUGCCGCCCCGUUGUGUCACGCUGUCAUGACGGCCAAUACGCAAGCCGUUGACAUGCUCAUAAGUUGCCGUCACCCUCCCAGCCCAACCGCUCUGGGUUCUUCACUGCUGCAUGCUCUGCGAAUACCAGACCCUACGGAGCGCCUGAACCUGACGAGGAAACUUGUCGAGGCCGGCGCAGACCCGAUCGAGUCCAACAGAGCAUUGACGCAUGUCAUAUCUAAAUAUCCCGACGACCUGUCCCUGCUUCAAGUUCUGGCUGCUUCAGCCGACACCUCCGACGGGGAGGCUUUUUCCCUCUCCGUCUCGAAGGAGUCGCUCGAGAUUCUAGACUCCCUCCUGUCGCAGUCGCGGAGCUCAACCGAGGUUCGCAGCACCGCACUGAGAAAGGCCAUGGAAGUGAAGAGCCGUUCCUCACGAGCCAGCAUGUGCCAGAGUCUUCUCACUGCUGGUGUAUCGAGUGACGUUGCUUCGUCCGCUCUUCUCAUCGCAGCGCGAGAUGGCGACGUCGAACUUGGCGACCUGCUCGUUGGUCAUGGCGCGAACAUCUCCAGUAACAACGGCCGCGCAAUUAUCGAGGCUUGUCGUGGCGGGUCACCCGAAGUUCUUGGUGUGCUACUCAAGGCGGACCCUGCCAUAAACAGAGACCUCCUGGAAGCCGGCUUUCAGGCUGCGACUGAAGUAGGCGAUCUGUCGAAGCGAGCGGCCAUAUUUGAGCAACUGCUUCAUCGGGGAGUUCGGGGCGAGCUAGUCGACGCUCAGCUGGAGACGGCAACGAAUUAUGGUGAUGACGGACAACCGGUCUUACGAGUUCUCCUCAGCUCAGGAGCGGAUCCAAACUAUAACAACGGCGAAUCUGUCGUUACUGCGACAAGGCAUAUGCUUCUCGAAAUCCUUGAACUGCUCUUGGGCUUGUGGGCGGAGGGUGGCAGCCAGAAGAAGAUAUCGCAGUCGACGCUUGCACGAGCCCUCAAAGCCGCUUGGUGUUUGGAACGCGACAAUAGAUUUGUCGUCAUCAGCAGCCUUUUUAAGGCCGGCCUGCCUGGGGCCGAAUAUUUGCACAUGGCGCUGAAUGAUGCUGUGAACGAGGAUGACCUGGAGGAACAUCUCGUCCAGCUGCUGCUUGACAAUGGAGCAUCACCUACCGCCAACGGAUGCAAGACGCUCAUCGAUGCUGCAAAGCAUUCGGCCUCAAAAUCGCUCUCCUUGCUGCUGCAGAAGCAGAUGCCGGAACAUGACAUCAACAAAGCAUUUGACCAGUCUUUUGUAGCCGACACUUUCAGCACCUGGUUCACCGAGGACGGCCUGGAAACGGCACAGAUACUUCUCGACAAAGGCGCUUGCGGUGAUUCCAUCAGCCUGGCGCUGGUGUUGGUCAUGAAAAACUCUACACCAGCCACGAGGCCGUUGGCCGAUGGGUUUUUCAACUUGCUCAUGACCCAUGGGCCUGAUGUGAACUACAACAAUGGCGAGCCGCUGCAGCAAGCGGCAUCGAAGGCGGAUGUGGCCUGGACAGCGAGGCUUCUUGAGCGAAAGCCCACGGCGGAAUCCCUUUCGCUGGCCUUUCGGCGCAUUUUCGACACCGAACUCACGCCGGACGGGGCGUUGGAGCUGUUCAAAAUGUUUGCCGACUACAACGUAGGCGGACUCGGAAUCGAUGCGUCGGACAGCCAGCAGGGUGCGGAGCCGGUUCUGAUGCGAGCAAUCAACCAAUACCCAAGAUCCUCUGAGAUUCUGACCACACUGCUCGAUGCGGGCUUCUAUUGUGAUCAAACCACCUCGUUUUGCGUACAUCCUGGCGUGGAGGAGGAGGAAGUCACGCUUCUCAGCUGGGCCAUCGGACAGCCCCAGAAACGAGUCAGCACAGCAGUCAUCGAUAUACUGCUCAAGCGUGGCGCCCACGUCAACGUGGAGUCAAAUGUGUCGCGAACGACCCCCUUGAUGCUGGCCGUGCAAACAAAACGACCAGAGGUUGUGAAGCUCUUGCUCCUUGAAGGAGCGGAUGUCGAUGCCAUGGACAUCCAAGGGCGAACUUCUCUUUCCAUGGCCACCCACAUCGGCGGCGAAGUUGCGGUUCAAAUGAUGUCCAACCUCUUGGCUGCGGAUCCUGCCAAGGACGAUGGUUCCCUGCAUAACGUCGCGAGGGACCUGAACCUCGCCGCCGUUAAAGUCCUCGUCCAGUCGGGCCACAGUCCUGAUUUUCCUAGCCAGCUUCACGGUGGGCGAAGUGCGCUCGGCGAAGUUUGUCUUCACGGAUCCGACAGGGGCGAGAUGAGCGCCGAAAGGGAGCGAGAGAUGCAAAGGAUUAUGACGUUCCUGAUCGACUCCAACUCGGAUCUGUCUGUCAAGAUUGCUGACAAGUCCGUGCUGCAUUUUUGUUUCGAUGCCGCGGACCCGGUUGUUACGACUCGAGCCCUUCUCAAAAGCGGCAUGUGGAAGUAUGUCAACAAGCCAUUUAACCACCUUCUCAAGGAUGGCUACAUGUAUUCGCCUACAAUGUACAUCGCAAAAGUUCUACCGCCCUCGGAUGUCAAUGAGGAGCUCCUGUCCAUCCUUCGCGCAAGUCGAGCAACUGACGUGUUUUACGCCGUCGACGGAGCCCAACCGGACGGCGCAGUCGGCCUGCCAGAGGACAUGGCUGUUCAGGAACGAGCACGCAAGGCUCGCUUGUCGCGAAUGUCGGAGGAUGCUGAAGAAUUCUCGAUUGCGAUGGCUCGUAAACGCGAGAUUGCCAACGUGGAGCAGCAAGUUUUUGCGCAAAAAGCCGAAGUGGAAGAUGUUCGCCGCCGCAGGCUUCACAGCGAAGAUUUGGGCGCCCUCCACGCCCGCGCUCAGCUCGAGGAAAACCUUUCUAGCGUGUCCCACCAGCGACGAAUGGCAGAGAAUCAUGCAAUGGUCGAGGCCGCUGCCAACCGGACGCGCGCCCUCGCUGCUACCGAGGUCGAAGUGGAGGAGAUUCGCCAGCACAAGGUCAUCGAGUGGGAGUCGAAGCUGAACGCUGAGCGAGUGAACGGUGCACGGGAACUGAGCUCGAUCCGUAUCAGUGAGCGUCAAGAGGUGGAACGAAUCGAAAGAGUCUCAGACGGGCGCAUUAAAAAUCGCCUCGAGAUUCAGCGCAAACUCGUUGACAGCCAGGAGAAGCUGGCCAAGAGGCUGGCCGAUGGGCCGGACCCGAGAAGGCAGAUUGGAUAUGUUACAGAGCUGAGUUGA